GCGGCGGACGUGGGUCGCGGGCCACGGCGGGAAUCCAGUAAUGGCUUCAGUCGCACAACGCGGCCACGACUACCGGUCGUGGAUGGCACGCACACACGUUACCCGGUAACAGGUAUAUAUACCAUACACAAACACGCACACGCACGCACAUGAUCGUCGUCAACUUCGGGGCGUGAAUAAAUCAUAUUAUACACCGCGGUUGCCAUCGUGGUCGCAUAAGAAUGGAGAGCAUAUACCCAAGGAGGGUGCCUAUCAUGGGUAACCUGACGGGCAAUGGAUGGACGGUGGCCAGCCAGGAGAGUGUGCUCUCCUUGAUCGUCGUCCUUGGAAGCAGCGUGUCCUUGGUCGGACUCAUAUUCGCGUUCAUCACGUACAGUUUGUUCUCCGACCUCAGGACCAUGUCUGGCACAGCUUUAAUGUACAUGUUGGCAAAUAUGUUUUUGACGCAGUUAUUUUAUGUAGUUGGUGUCGGCGGAGUUCAGGAGGAUAAUCUUUGUUUAUGCCUGGCGUUUGGAAUACACUACCUUCGUUUGGCCGUCAUCAGUUGGUUGUGCGUGAUGACGUACGAUAUGCUAAUCACGUUCCGAAACAACGUGAAUCUCAACCCCCGACCGGAACCAGUGAACGUGCUUAUAUCGAGAUUCGUCAAGUACAGUGUGUUCGCUUGGGGCGUGCCGUCAUUGUCGGUGAUAUCGGCCAGCGUGAUGCGAGUGACCGUGAACCAUCAGGCCGUGAACAAUCUUAACCCGUACAACUGUUGGUUCUUCGAGAAGACCAUCUACAACGUGACGUUCGCGGUGCCCGCGCUGUGCUGCUUCGCCGCAAUAGCCGACUCGCUGAUUCGUAGCUGGCUGACCGCCCGGGCAACAGUCGGCCUGCAGGUGGACAAGAAAACCCGGCUGAAGAUGCACCGGAAGCGCACGCUACAGCUGCACCUGUACGUGAAGAUCGCCACGCUACUGUUCGCGGUCAACGUGUUCGGGUGCGUGGCCAGAAACGGGUCGCCCUCGUCCGACCCAGUCGCGUGGAUCGCGUACAACGUGGGCCACUCGCUGCAAGGCAUACUAGUCGCGUUGGCCGUCACGUGCAACUGCCAGGUGCUGAAGAUCUACACGAGAUCGUUCUCGCGGCGCCGGCGGCGGCGGCCGCGCAACGGCAGCGCCACCGCGUUGUUCGACAAACGCGACAGCGACAUUAGCGACACGACGUACUUGCAGAACCUCACGUGGGAACCCGUUCCGCUGCCCGUUUAGAUAGUGGCGGUAUUUGGGAAAAAAAAAAAUCGUCGGAAGAACAAAAAUUAAAAUUAUUUUAAAUGAACAACAAUAAGAGUUCGGGACACCGUGUCCGACGAGGAUAACCCGCGGUAGCCCCCAGUGGCCGAGUGGUGGUCGAGCGGAUCGGGCCACAUCUGUGGCCGCGUGCAUUAUAUCCUUUUUUUUUUAAGCACCAUGAUACCGCAUGGAACCUUCCCACGGCCGCCACUCGGUCACCAACCCCUUAGAACGACCCCUCUUCCCUCCCACACUUUCCGGGAACGCAUCUCAUUCGCAAGCUUGUGUUGUGCACCCUCGUACGAUCUUACGAUAGUAAUCACUGGUCUCUACACUCAUCCUAGUCGUCGAUCGCUUUACAGCAAUAGCGUGUGAUUUUUUGCAUAGUACGUCACUCUCCCGCCAUUUUUUCGUAUACCAGCAUUUACGAUAGCCUAAUAUGGGUUUUCCUUCAAUACAACAACCUCCGUUCUCAGAUGUUCGUAGUCACUAGUUGAAAAAAAUCAUAAAUCACUACAACACAGUGUAUUUUUUUUUUUUUUUUUUUUUAUGUUAUAUGAACGUUAAAACAAUUAUGAUAGAAAUGUAAAGAUUUCUAAUUUAGACAGGUUAGACACCAAUUAUAGCUUUAAUCAAUCAAUUGAGAGGUUGACAACUAAAAAUGAACGAGUGAAUUACUAGAAUAAAGUUGUAUUCAAUUUACUGAACAUGAAUCACCUUAUUAUUUUUAUUCAAUUAAAAGUAUAUUUAAAUUUUUAAUGUAUCGUACACUAUUUUAAAUAAUGUUUAUAAUAAUAAGCUCCAAUCGUCGUAACUAGAGGCAAAGUUUGGUUUUAACAGAAGAAAAUCAUGCGUUGAUCGGCUAAAAUCAUCGACAUCAAACUAUCCGAGGUACACGACCUUCUAGUCGUCAUGUACUCGACAAUCGGUAUAUUGUAAUAUUAAUUCUCUCUUUCACUUUCGCGACUAGACUUCAUCCGGCUAAGAAUUUAUCAUAAUACCGUAAUGCCGAGUUGUAAAAAUUACAACAUAUAUACAUAUAUGUCAUAUCAAGCGUAGUCACUAGUCCAAAUUUAUCGUUAACAUGGAUUCGUACAAAGUCUUAACAAUUAGAAAAAAGACUUGAAAAUCAUUGACCACUCUGAUAUUUUCCCAACUCAUUAAAAAAAAACUAUUUACUUGUUUAAAAAUAUGUACUCAUUCAUAGUAUAUAAACAGUUAAUAAACACGUAUUUUUCUUUUAUAUUACAAAAUAAUUCUGACAGAAAACACAUUUUAUCGAAGAAAAAAAAUAUUAUCACACAU